AAUGAACAUAAGGUAUAAGAAAAAGGACUCAUAACCUUUACUGUUUUUACAUGGGGUGAUCUGAAAAGUGUGGCAUGCAUUUAUUGGAACUUGCAACUGUAAGCCUUUUUGUUUAUGUUGCAUUUUUUUUCUGACCGAUUUUUUUAUGUUUUCAUUCUUCUUUAGAAAAACAGCUCAAGCCAAGCUGAACUGAGAAGAGAUAACUGCAAACCAAAAUGUUCAAGUCUUUCCCCAGGCUCAAAGCUAGAUCUAGGUCUGAACUUUGACUGGACCGUUAAAGCAUGUCAUGAACUUUCUUUGAUCAAAUCUGUUUUAUUGUAGCUCUUAUAUAUUUGCUUUCGCAGGUAUUCUUUUAUUCUUAUUUUAGUCACUGAAAAGAACUGAAACUUUUCAAUGACUUAUAUAGAACAUGCCUUUUUCUUCUCGAGAGAAAGACCUUCCCCUUUUUCAUGAAUACAGGAAGUCCAAUAUUUCGCAGCUCAUUGCUGUAACAGAUCACUUCCACCGAAGUAACACGGCUUCAGGAGAUAAAACGGUUUUUAUUAAGCAUUUAUUAAGAUCAUUGUGGCACAUUAGAUCUACAUGCUGCAUCUCUACGUUUUAAACUGGAAUUAUUUUUUGGAUAACUAAUUUUAAAUUUUUUUGUUACUAUUUUCCCAUAGUUUUACCAAGACAGGAAAAUGGCUUUGACCUUUCUUGCAAUUUUAUGGAUUUUUCUAAGAACCACCAGCUGCCAGUUUCAGUGUAUCCCCGAAACUCUUGAUGACUCGGAUUUUUCCAUUAAUGUAACAGAGCACAUUACAGUGCGGUCUACCGACUGCAUUCGGAUCCCACAUGAAGUGACUUUUCCUCAAGACAAAGUCACAGUCCCGUACAAGAAGAUGUUAUUUAAAGGAGAUCCAUCAAAUGUUGUUGAUACAAAAGUUGUCAGUAACAUGAAUCGUGACGCAAAGGACCCUUUCUCAAUAACUACUCUUCCACCUGGAGAAUACAAGUACGGCGUCAAACUUGAAUGGGGAUGCAAUCAGACGUACGUUUUCCCUAAAAGGAUUCACAUUUCCAUUUCUGCGUUAACUACACCAACUGUUGUGUUUCGUCCGAUGGUGGAAGGACAACGUACCCAACUGACCUGCUUGGCUCCGAUGCCAUGCUCUGGUGAAGUGUUUUUGUUUUGGAAAUGGACAAAUGCUGAUGGACAAUCCAGAAGGAAGGACAAUAACUUCGAUGAUUAUGAUUACAUGCGGUGGCAAAUGAGAUUUGGGCCUCGACGUAGACAAAAUAAUAAAUUUAUAUUAGUCUAUCCAACGGCGGAUGAUCACAACACCAACAUCACAUGUACGGCAACAUAUGGUCACGGUGUUGCUGAGACAACAGUCACCUUGACUGUGAAAUUCUCACCCAGAAUCCUGAACAGCUCUCACUGCACAGUGAAAGGGGAGCUGCUGGUCUGUGUGUGCACCAGCUGGGGCAAUCCUCUGUCACCAGUCGUUUGGCCUUUGGAAACUCUCACAGAUCACUCGGUGACCAGUUUUAGCGACGCACAGAGAGUAAGCAGCACCCUCACCAUGCCUGCAGCGAAAUAUCACAACGCCACCGUCAAAUGCAUGAGCAGAAAUGAACUCGGUCAGGCGGAAAGUGAAAUCCCGAUUCAAAACUCCACAGAGCCCGCCAGGGUGAACUCUUUUCCAGAAUCCAGUGAAGGGUGUCACUCAGCUCUGCCCUGGCUAACAGGAGUGUGUUUUGCUCUGAACCUGGUUUUUGUCGCUGUUUUCAUCUGUAUUUACCAAAGGAGCAGAAAACAGCAGAAGGAAUCGCGUGAAGAAGCAGACACUUACGCGACUUUGAGAAAAGCAGAUAUGGAGGAAGCGUACAGCACUAUUUCCCCACAAAAUAGAUGAAAUAUGCAAGUUACAAUUUUAGCCCUGUAGAUAACAGGUUGUAAUGUGUCAUGUUUUGUUAUGUUUUAUUUUUUUUUUAAGUUCAUGCCAUGUAUUUAAAAAAUGCUGUUUAAAUUAUGCGUUUUAGUGACCAAUACACCUCAUUAUGCCAAAUAUGUUUAUGACAGCCUUAAAUAUGAGGUGUGAAGCUUUUUCAUUUAACGAGAACUACGAAACGAGCUGCUCUAAUUCAUGUAAAAAGGAGGAAGAUGAACUUUGUCAGGCGUCUGAUAAGGAUGCUUGAAUCCACAAACCUAUGAAAAAAGACAGACACAGACCGAUAGAAUCAAGAGUUUAGCUUUCAUGACAUUUUUUUUUUAAAUGUGUUUUUUUCUGUAUUUGCUGAAACUGUCACCAUGUUGUGGCAGUAUAAUACGAGACAUACAAUCGGUGAUAAGAUCAGGCUCCUCCUCUUCCUCCCGGCGCUGGUAUUGCCGUCUGAAGGAUUGCAGCGCCCCCGAUAAAAAAAGCAACCAAUCAGAGCCAGAAGGAGGAGGGUCUUAGCGCUGUCAUUCAACCUCGUGAAAGCGCUGCUAAAUCUGUUAACGGCGAAGUAACAACUCACUGUAACGAGACAAAUAUUUCCAGGUUCUGAUACAACACAGCAGUGUGCAUGUCAUGAUUGACAGCGCUAAGGCCCUCCUGCUGGCUCUGAUUGGUUGUUUCUAGUUCACUGGGAGAAGGCAGUUUUCUGUCUCAUACAAUAUUGUCACGACAUAGUCACAGUUUCAACAAAUAGAUAGAAACACGUUUUUCAAAAGUCACAUAUCUGAACCUUUAACACUUGGCCAUCUUCCUUCCUUGCUCUCUGUAAUACUCAGUGAUUACUAAAUUUAAAUGUGAAGAUGAAACACAGCUGUGGCACCUCAGACGAUAAAAUUCAUCAGAUGUU